AUGGAAUCCAGGGAGAUGGCGGCGGCCGCCGCCGCCGCAGCGGCGGCCUCCUCGUCGCGGGGCGGGGGCGGCGGGGCCAGGCUCCCGCCGCCGAACCCGAACCUGCCAUACCGCGAGGACUGCUGGAGCGAGGGCGAGACGGCGGCGCUCGUCGGCGCCUGGGGGAGCCGCUACGAGGACCUCAACCGCGGCAACCUGCGCCAGAAGCAGUGGAAGGAGGUGGCCGAGGCCGUCAACACGCGCCGCGGCGCCGCCGCGCGCCGCCGACCGCCGCGCACCGACGUGCAGUGCAAGAACCGCGUCGACACGCUCAAGAAGAAGUACAAGGCCGAGCGCGCCCGCGGCGGGCCCUCCGGCUGGAGCUUCUACGACGAGCUCCACCGCCUCGUCGGGCCCACCCUCGCCGCCUGCGCCGCCAAAGCCAGGCACGCGCCAGUUCCACCGCCACUCCACUUCGCGCUGCCCCUCCACCCCGCCUCCCCGGCCAGGAAGCGCCCCGCCUCGCCGUCCUCCUCCCCGUCCCCGACCUCCUCGCCGCUCCGCAUGGCGCUCCCCAUCCAGCCCGACUACCGCCGCGGCGCGCCGCUCCCCACCGCCGCCAUCAUCCAGCACGCCAGAGCCGCGGCAGCCGCGGCCUCCGGCUCCGACGCCUCCGACGACCCCGCCCAUAACAACAACAACAACAGCCCCCAGCACUCACCGUCCCGCUCCCUCUCAUCGCUCUCCGGCGCCCGCCGCCGCAGCGAAACCGACGCCGGCGCCGGCGAGCUGGCCAGGGCGAUCGAGGCGUUCGCCGAGAUGUACGAGCGCGUCGAGAGCGCCAAGCAGAGGCACUCCCUCGAGAUCGAGCGCGACCGCAUCGAUUUCAUCAAGCAGCUCGAGGUGAAGCGCAUGGAGAACUUCGUCGACGCGCACCUCAAGCUCGCCAGGGCCACCAAGCGCAGCAGGAGGAGCGGCGCAGGGGCUGCGGCCAAUGGUGGUACCAGCGCAGCGGAGCUGGUUUCAUCCAUGACUGCGCUGCCUUUCCUUUCCAACUCCACCUACCUCUGACGUUGUUGAGCAAGGCUUCAUUUAGAUUAUCAGUUGAAGUUCGUCAGUUCAAGAUAUGGAGUUGCUCCCCUUUGAAGGCCUGCUCCGCCUUUGCACUAUCCUUGGGAAUUCUGAAGCCAAAAAAGCUCCUCAGCUUCGGUUCAUUGUACUCCGUAGUUAGAUUCUCGUAGCAUAUGAAACAUGAAAGACUAGAAAUUCCUAGUGUAGAUCCAUGUUGACAUCGGUAUCUGUUCCUGCAAUUCAUGUAUUGGUUUAUUGACAGUGUAGGCAUUUAACUCUUGACAUUCUGUGUUAUUAAGAAAACUGUAACGAAAUGAAAUCAACAGUUUUUAUUAUCU